GAGGACAAAGAGGCGGGGCGUAAGGCUUCCAAACGGUACACGCAGCAGCAUUAAGGGUCUGGCUGCUCUAUUUUCACCUGCUGAGUGACCGAGUGGAGGACUGCCCAGGCCGUUUCCUGAUAAAAAGACUUCACCGGUGGGCAGCUCAACAAACCGCGGAUCAUCAUGGCACUGGAUGGAUGUGGCCUCCUCUGCAAAUAUAUCCUCAUCAUUUUCAACAUCAUCUUCGCGGUGGUGGGGUUUGCCUUCCUGGGACUUGGCUUGUGGCUGAGGUUCAGCGACAGCACAAGGCCAAUCUUUCAAAUACAGGACGCCAACUCCUACACAUUUGUUACAGGUGUGACUGUGCUGAUCGUUCUCGGAUCGUUGAUGCUGCUUGUGGUGAUAUUUGGAGACUAUGGUGCCUGCAAUGAGAAAAGAUGUGCUCUGCAAGUGUUCGCUGUUCUUCUGGCCAUGCUGGCUACAAUGGAAGUUGUUGUUGGAGUGCUUGCCUAUUCCAAAAGUGAUGAGGUUGGAGAUAGAAUUGCAGAGUUCUAUGGUAACUUGUAUGCUCUGUAUGUGAUGAACCAAGACCCAGGAAUUGCUGUGACUCUCACAUUCAUCCACAACAUGCUUCACUGCUGUGGAAUGACAGGUGUCCCUAUAAUAGAGCUCGUUCAAAAUACCUGUCCCAAACCAGAUGGGUGGAUGGAGCACAUCAAGAUGUCUACAUGUCCCGGUGUCAUCACAGAGUUCUUUAACAGUAAAGCACCAGCGGUGAUGAGCAUCUUCAUUGGAACUGGAGCUCUUCUGUUUGUAGCUCUCAUUUGCAGCAGUAUCCUCAGCAGAAAGAUUCUGUCUGCCUCAGCUCCUCAGUACAUUAUCCUGACUCAGACCACUUCUGCCGUGACUAACUUUCAGCCAGCACAGCCUCAGUUCGUCACCACCUCCUACCCUGACCAGGAUCCGGUCUUUUUCACUCCUCUCAGUGCGGCCAACAUCCCCGUGGCUUCCGCUUAGUGUGCUUUUUUUCAUUCUCACUGUCGUGCUGCCUUGAUUUUAUUCCAUGGUGUUUUAGUAUGAAGUAGCCAAAGUAUCUGUCGCUCUCAUCAUUGUCACUGCAGAGUGUCUCCCACAGUCUUUAAAGGAAAAAUCCAACCUAACACACACAAGGCAGUUACAUCAUCACUCCAACUACUGGACCUGUUGGGUUGUGGGUGCGUUUUGCACAGAUGGGCCCAUGAUUCUUUUUUUUUUUGCUUCCUUCUUACAGAGAUACUGUUGACAGGUUUGACAACAGCAUUUGGCAAAUCAGUUUUCACAUUUUUAAUCACCAAACCCCUUCAAUAACUUUUCUAAUGUGCGGGGAAAAAAAAUUAACAUUUGCUGCCCAACUAGUGCAAGAAGCCCUCUGUGUUACUCUGAAUAUUCUUCCCAACACGUCUUUACUUUGGUGCCUCCGAAUUAACAUUUACAGCCAAUACAUCAGCAGGGUUGGAUUUGUCCUGUGGGCUUCUACUUCUCUUUCACUUUUGUAGCUGUGUGCUGUCUGAUGGAAGGUCUCACCUCCUUCAUACUAAUUCACCGGUGGCUGGUUUAAUUCUGGGAAUGAUGAGGAAGCAGUUUGGUCAUUGCACAGCUCUUUAUUCCAUCCUUGCUCUUUACUUCUCCACCCUCUGUGUCCGCAUGACAGAUUACUGCCAUGAUCUGCGCCAUAAUUCUCCUGAAGCAGACCAAGCGUGCCCAUCGUGAGAUGACAACGUACUAUUCAACUGUGUACUGAGGAGGAUUGGGGGUUUUGCACCCUCAACUUCCUUUGCCUCAUCAUCAAAAGCCAUUGCAUUAGAUUCAAGCAGCACAUCAGUGUUUACAUAUUUUCCUCUAUAUCUACUGAUUACAUCAGUCUGGGAAUCACAGUUGUGUUAAAAUGCAUUUUUUUAAAGACAUUUUAAGUUGUGUAAGAAAUCCUGUAGCAUUUGGUGUACUAACCCGACAGGCCUCUAAGUUAAUGUGGCCAAAUGAUGAGAAUGAGACCUGAGAAUGAGAAUAUAUUUAGCAAAUUUAGCUGGUGAGACAUUGAAAUUUUAUGCUUUUUGUUUUUGGUGUAUUGUUGCACAUAGUAAGAAGUUGAGCCACUGGCUACAGGCAACUAUCACUGUGUUUAAAAGGGAUCAAAUUACAUGAAGGUCCAGCAUGUUGGGGUGUAACAGCUGUAAUCCCAUGGCUUCAGUUUCACGUUACAUCUUUGAUACUGUAAUGCUUUUACACUGUAGUAUACUGCUUUUUUAUAUUUAGGGUAUGGGGUCUAGAGGGCCACAGAACAGGAUGCCCCUCCCCAAAAAAAAGGUCAGGUACCUAAUAGAGGUUUUAGGUCAUUAAACUGUAUUAACAUUCCAAAGUGAAUUCAUCAGACGAAGAAAUAAUGUUACUGUAAAAAGCUGUUUUAAACUGAAUUUCAUUCCUUCAUGUUCUUCUGCUUGUCCAAAGUUUUUAUGACCUAACAAAUGUCUUGCUGACUUAAAAAAAAAAAAAAAAAAAAAAAAAAAAGCUAAAUGCCUUCAGCUGUCUGUUUUCUUGGCCUGUACACUCUGAUUUACUUACUUGCACUAUUGUUUAGUUUUAAAAGCAACUCUUCACCAAGGAUUGCAUUUGUUUCCAUAAAGUGACAAAAACAA